AUGGGUUCAUCAAAGGGUCUCCAGCCUCUUCGCUCUGCUACCAAGACCUUGAAUGCGCUGCCGGCAGCGUAUGCUGGUGCGCAAGUGGCCUCACGACGAUAUGCGGGGACGCUUGCCAACUUCAAGAUCCCCGCUGUUAGCAACGAGCCCAACCAACACUACGCCAAAGGCUCAGUAGACCGCCAGAAGCUUCAAGAUGCGGUUGCACGCAUGAAAAAGCAGGGCCCAGUCGAGGUCCCUCUUGCUGUGGGAGGAGAAUACAUCAAAACUUCGUCCAUCCUCACCCAGAACAACCCCUCGUCCCACGCCGACGUCAUCGCCAAAUACUCCAACGCUAGCCCAGCAGACGUCAAGAAAGCCAUCGACGCCGCAUUGGCAGCGAAGCCAGCAUGGGAAUCACUCCCGUUUGCCGAGCGCGCUUCAGUCUUCCUCAAGGCAGCAGAUCUUAUUUCCACAAAGUACCGAUAUGAUAUCAUGGCCGCAACCAUGGUGGGACAGGGCAAGAAUGCAUGGCAAGCCGAGAUUGACGCGGCAGCGGAGCUCUGCGACUUUCUGAGGUUCAAUGUCAAGUACGCCGAGGAAACAUAUGGCCACCAGCCAGCACACAAUUCGCCCGGUGUAUGGAACCGCGUUGAGUACCGUCCCCUUGAGGGGUUCGUUUACGCCGUCUCGCCUUUUAACUUUACAGCCAUUGGCGGAAACCUUCCUGCAGCCCCCGCUCUGAUGGGCAAUGUCGUUGUGUGGAAGCCAUCCCCAUCUGCGAUUGCCUCCAACUGGCUCCUCUACCAGAUUCUGAUUGAGGCUGGCCUUCCACCAAACGUUAUCCAAUUCGUCCCCGGUGACGCCGUAGAGGUUACACAGGAAGUCCUGGCUCACAGGCAAUUCGCAUCCCUCCACUACACUGGCAGCACAGCCGUAUUCCGUCAACUGUAUGGAAAGAUUGCCACCGGUGUUGCCGAAGGCAAGUACCAGAGCUACCCCAGGAUUGUUGGUGAGACUGGCGGCAAGAACUUCCAUCUCGUUCACAAGGAUGCCGAUAUUCACAAUGCUGCUAUUCAGACGGUCCGCGGUGCUUUUGAGUACCAGGGUCAGAAGUGCAGUGCCUGCUCGCGUCUCUACGUACCCGAGUCAGUAUGGCCAGAGUUCAAGGACAUUCUUGUAAAGGAAGUCUCGGCUCUCAAGGUUGGCGAGCCUUCUGACUUUUCCAACUUCAUUGGCCCUGUCAUUCACGAAGCCUCGUUCAAGAAGCUCUCUGGCGUCAUUGACGCUGCCAAGAACGACAGUGACCUGGAGCUCCUUGUUGGCGGUAAAUACGACAGCAGCAAGGGAUACUACAUCCACCCAACCGUCUACCGCACCAAGAACCCCAACCACCCCCUCCUGUCACGUGAGCUGUUUGGCCCGAUCUUGGUGGCCUAUGUCUACGAUGACGCCGCUCCCGACGCCUUUGCCAAGAUCAUCAAGCAGAUCGACGAGACAUCCGAGUACGCCUUGACGGGCGCCGUUUUUGCCAAGGACCGGGAGACGAUCAAGUUUGCUUCGGACAAGCUCAGGGAUACGGCCGGUAACUUUUAUAUCAACUGCAAGUGCACGGGCGCCGUUGUUGGCCAGCAGCCAUUUGGUGGCUCGAGGGCUAGCGGGACUAACGAUAAGGCUGGUAGCGCCACGCUCCUUGCCAGAUUUGUCAACAUGAGGGCUGUCAAGGAGGAAUUCCUGCCCACGGAGAAGGUGGCUUAUCCUAGCAAUGAAGUCUAAGCAACUUGCGGUUGGGCAUUAUGUGGAUUUGAUCCAACAUGGCAAAAAGCAGAUGAGCAUUUGUAUUGGCGUUUUGGCUAGGGUGGGAAUUUGCAGGAAUUUUCAACGACCUUGUUGGAUGUUAAAUGGCGGAGGAUAUCAAUCUUUGCAACAUGUCUAUGUGUGCAUGUAUAUACACAUAUUGAUACGAAUAUGAAAAAAAA